CGAUUGAAAUAGUAUAAUUCUCGUUCAUAGAUAUCACCUUGCAGUAAAAUUUGAUGUUCAGGUAUUGUACUUAUCUUCUUGGUAAGGAUUCAAUCUUCAGAUUUAGUAGAAAUGAACUAUAUACUAUCAAAACAAUUCAGUUUAGUGAUACUUUUUUUGCAAUUAUAAAUUUAGAUUCAAUCAAUACUUUUACUUGGCAAAUAUAAAACAUCCGAAAUAUCAUCUAAUAUUACUUAUAUUUCCCGUGUUUAUACUCAUAAUUUUCUUGCUUAUUCUCCUCUUGAUGACUUAUUAAUAUUUAUUGAACCAAAAUAUCAAUUACAUGUAUAUAAUGCACAAACAAUUAAUUUAAUUGUAAAUUUAACAACUACAAAUAUUAUUUAUGCUACCUCAAGUGCAUCAUUAUCAAUAAAUGAUCAUCGUGAUCUAUUUUUUAUAUAUGAAUCACGUCUAAAACCAAAUCUUUUAUCAUUACGUAUUUGUGAAGUAACUUUUAAUAAAUUUCAAUUAAAUUUUGAAGAUAAAAAUUGCAUUAAAACAUUACUAAUACGUUCUAAUAAAAAGGAUAUGCAUAUUAAUGGUUUUACUAUAAAACGUAAUCAUGCUGGAACAGAAAAAUCAAUAUUAUUUAUAUCAACAGAUAUUGGUCUUAUUUAUUCAAUAUUUAAUACAUAUACUGGUAUAUUAAUACGUCAACCAAUUAUUCUAAAUGAUACAUUAAAUGAAGGAAAUGUUGCUAUUACUUCAUCGGGUAUAGUUUAUUAUGCUAAUAAACAAGAACAUACAAUUCAUGAAUUACGUAUAACACCAGAUUUUCGUAUACGAUAUGGAAAAAUAAUUAAAAGUAAUGCAAUUAAAGCACCUUUUGGUUUAAUGACAGACGAAUGUGAUCAUCUGUAA